GAAGUUUCCAGUGUCGCCAGCUAGCCUGUGAAAUUCUAAGCCAUGGAGACCAACCAGGAAACGUCCCUCUUCUUGGUGAAGAUCUUGGAGGAAUUAGACAGCAAGCAAAAUACCGUCUCCUACCAGGACCUCUGCAAAUCCCUAUGCGCCCGCUUCGAUCUGUCCCAGCUCGCGAAACUGAGAAGCGUUCUCUUCUAUACGGCCUGUCUUGACCCCAACUUCCCAGCCACGUUAUUCAAAGACAAGAUGAAAUGUGCUGUAAACAACCAGCAGUCCAAGAAAAUCAUGGUGGCUGCAGACAUCGUGACCAUAUUCAACCUGAUCCAGAUGAAUGGGGGUGCCGCCAAGGAGAAGCUGCCUGGAGGCCGGCAGAAGAUGCACAAGAAAGAUGCCUCUUUUGACUCGUGCCGCUCGGACACGGAGAUCUGCAGCGCAGCAGAGUGCGAGCCCCUCAACUGUGAGCUGAGUGACCGGCCUUUCAGCCGGGGCUACCCCACCCGCCAGUCAUCCAAGUGCAGAAAGGUGGACUGCAAGGACUGUCCACAGUUCAUUCCUGCCUCUGAACCUGACUUCCUCCUGGGGGUCAGCAAAGACGUGAAAAACCGGGCAGCUUCCCUGGACAGGCUGCAGGCUCUGGCCCCAUACUCGGUGGCCAGCCCUCAGCCCUGCGAGAUGCAGAGAACCUACUUCCCCAUGAACCUCGAGAGUGAGUCCAUGUCUGAUCAGGACUCCCUGCCUCUCCCCCAGGGCAUCAAGCAGACCUUCAUCUCCAACGACGAGCCCUUCGUGGUCCAGUCCUGUGUCCAGAAAAGGAACAUCUUCAAAGAGGACUUUCACAACCUGAUGGCUGUGUCCCCCGGGUUGGCCAGCCCGGCCAACAAGGCCGAGAGCGAGCACAGGAAAUCCCAGGGCCGCAAGGAGUCCCACAAGACGCCCUUCCCCCAUCACAGCUUUGAGAUGCCCUACAGCAGCCAGUACCUGAACCCCGAGUACUCCCCGGUUCCUGACAAGAGGCGGGCAAAGCACGAGAGCUUAGAUGACCUUCAAGCCUCCACGUAUUUUGGACCCACUCCAGUGAUGGGGACCCAGGAGGCCCGGCGCUGUCCUGGCAAAUCAGGCAAGCAGACCCCCUGGCCAGCCAAAAGCUGGAGCCUCAACACUGAAGAAGUUCCUGACUUUGAACGGUCCUUUUUCAACAGAAACCCCUCCGAGGAGAAGCUCCGUUAUCCAAAUUCCAGCAGUCAGACACCCAACUUCCCAACUCCGGACAGAUGCCCUGCUUACCUGACACCACAGGAUCAACAGCCCAUCCUCCCAGUUGGCUACUCAGCAAAGCCCAAUGGGCUCAAAUCUAAAGAGAUCCCAUCUCCUGUAGACCUGGAGAAGCAUGAACCAGUCAAAAAGUUUAAAGACAAGAGCAUCAGCUGCACCAGUGGGCAGCUGAGCUCAGACACCAGCAGCGUGGGCACCCAGACUGACCUGCAUGUGCUGGAGCCCAAAAAAGGCAAGGACCUGUGCACUCCUGGGCAGGGCAAGUACAGUGACCGGCAUGCCGUGAAGCAUUCCGACGAUGACUCGGAGGUGGUCAGUGAUGACAUCAGCGACAUCUUCCGGUUUCUUGAUGACAUGAGCAUCAGUGGCUCGACAGGGGUCAUGCAGUCAUCCUGCUACAACAGCACUGGGUCCCUAUCUCAGCUUCACAAGUCGGACUGUGACAGUUCGCCAGAGCACCACCUCACCAGAGUCGCCAAUGGGCUCCCCAGCGGCCAAGGGGAGAAGGGCAGCCGGCCAGAAAACAGCCACCACUCAGAAGAGGAGCUAAAGACCAGCGUGUGCAAGCUGGUGCUCAGGAUCGGGGAGAUUGAACGGAAGCUCGAGUCACUGUCGGGUGUGCGUGAGGAGAUCUCCCAGGUCCUGGGCAAGCUCAAUAAACUAGACCAGAAGAUACAGCAGCCCGAGAAGGUGAGCGUGCAGAUUGACCUCAAUUCUCUGACCAGUGAGGCUCCAUCUGACGAGAGCGCCUCGCCCCAGAUGUUCCGUGCCCACAAGGGUGCCCAUGGGCCCAAGCUGGAGAACACGGCUGACUGGUGCUGCUCAGAUGCCAGUGGGAGCAACAGUGAAAGCCUUCGUGUCCAGGCCUUAAAAAAAAGCCUCUUCACCAGGCCGUCUUCCAGGUCCCUGACAGAGGAGAACAGUGCCACAGAAUCCAAGAUUGCCAGCAUCUCCAACUCACCCAGGGACUGGCGCACCAUCACUUACUCCAACCGCAUGGGCAUCAGCGAGGAGGAGAUCAAAGAGCGAGGUCCUGGUGACAGUAAAGACUGGCAUCGGAAGUCUAAAGAGGCAGACAGGCAGUACGACAUCCCCCCGCAGCACCGCCUGCCCAAGCAGCCCAAGGACGGCUUCCUGGUGGAGCAGGUGUUCAGCCCUCACCCCUACCCCGCCUCUCUCAAGGCCCACAUGAAGAGCAACCCUCUGUACACGGACAUGCGGCUCACGGAGCUGGCAGAGGUGAAGCGGGGCCAGCCUUCCUGGACCAUCGAGGAGUAUGCACGCAAUUCGGGUGACAAGGGCAAGCUGACAGCCCUGGACCUGCAGACUCAAGAAUCUUUAAAUCCGAACAACUUAGAGUAUUGGAUGGAAGACAUUUAUACCCCGGGCUACGACUCAUUGCUAAAACGGAAAGAAGCCGAAUUCAGACGAGCCAAGGUCUGCAAGAUAGCGGCUCUGAUUGCCGCGGCUGCGUGCACAGUCAUUCUGGUGAUCGUGGUGCCCAUCUGCACGAUGAAAUCAUGAGCUACUGGAGGCGAUGUUGCCAAUGGCUCGUGACCUCUGACAUCUUUCUCUGUAGUCUAAAAUCACGUGGCAGGUCAGGCACCACUUGUUGAAACAGAAAUCAUGGAGGCUUUUCUGCAAAUGGUGAUGAUGGUCUUCAGAAAAUAUUCAUUCUAGAAAGAUGUCUAUCUACCUACUAGCUUUGACUUAAUGACACAGAUGAAUUUUAAGAAGUGCAAUAUCUUUUCCUACCGAAAGAAUGUAAUGGAUGACCAGUAGAUACAAACUGAAUUCCAGGCAAAAAAAAAAAAAGAGGAAGAUUAAUUGGUUGGAUUCUUUCCAUUCAUGGUGAAGAAUAUGCUAUAGAGGAGAUGGUUAAUACAUACUUCUUUAAAGGAAAGCUAAGAGAGAGCAAGGUGAGAAAGAAAAGCCUGGGUUCUCUCUUCCUUCAUGUUCCUAGACCAUUGCAGGUGAAGUAACAGGGUAUGUUUCCAUAGGGGGUUACUGUUUACUUCUCUGCUGACUGUAAUCAAGGGCUACUGACUUUUCAUACUUGCCCUUCUGUCAUGAUGAUGCUCUUUGUUGCAGAUCUUCAUGGAAACAUUCCGGACCUUCUUCCUGGUGCCCAGGGUAGGAAGGUACUGGACUGCCAAGUCAGCCAUGGCAUGAAGUGACCUCUUUGCUUAAUAGGCCAAGGUCUUCAGGCUAGGAGACCUUUCAGUGGCCACCCCAAGCCAUGGGAGGGCUGCUCGCUAAUGAUGUAUGCUCAACAUCUGAAAGUCAAGGUAUCCCAAAGGACCUCCCAUUCUUGCCUUGGUGUGUGGGUCAUCUCUUCCAUCUUCUAUCUCCUGGUAGUACGGAUCCUCCACCUUUUACCAUGAGUUGAUUUUGGAACUUGUCCUUGUGCCUUGAGUAGAGACAAUGGCAGAACUUUGACCUUCUAACUAUAAACCGUGGUUGCUGUGCACCAAUAAUACCAGCCAUUUCCAAUGGCUUUAAAAAGAUUUUGAAAGCUUGUCGAUAAUAUGAUAAAGGCUCUGAGGUGUUCUCAACUACUCCAGCACCUACUCCAUAGUUUCAAAUAUUUGUCAGCAGUGCAAAAAAAUAAUGAUCUAUUUAACCAUUUAUCUAUCUAUCUAUCUAUAUGUCUAUCUAAAUACCUGAUUUUGGUUUAUUGUCUUCUCUGUUAAUUAACUUGAGAGCAAGAUUUCUCCCGUGUAAGGAAGCCGUUGUCAUUCAUGAGAAUUUGAUCUCAGUUUCCACCUGUUGAAUGGUGCUUUGACAUAAGUGGACAGAAAGAAUCCUUUUCAGCAUCAGAUCCUAAUGUCUUGUUAUAGGUUAAAGAAAAACAAUGGACAAAAACUAGCUACCUUAAUUCUUCCAGGAACAAAGUGGAAUAUAAAUAAAUGUUGGUAGUAAGAAUCCUGUCACUCCAGUGAAAGAAAGGUGAAAUUGUUAGUCACUCAGCUACAUCCAACUCUGAGAUCCCAUGGACUCUAGCCUGCCAGGCUCCUCUGUCCAUGGAAUUCUCCAGGCAAGAAUACUGGAGUGGGUGGCCAUUCCUUCUCCAGGGGAUCUUCCUGACCCAGGGACUGAACCCAGGUCUCCUGCAUUGCAGGCAGAUUCUUUACUGUCUGAGCCUCCAGAGAAGCCCAAUGAUAGAAUAAAUUCCUAAAAGGGAGUUUGGGAAGCAUCUCAGAUUUUAAAGCAAUAGGAAUUCAGCAUCCAUCCUAAAAUCUUCCAAAUACUGCUUAGCUUGCUGUGUCUAAUUCUCUUGUUCCCCCAAAGGGGAGUCAGAACAUUUUGUGUUGUUAAUAAAUAUAGGAUGGAUGCUCUCAUCUGUAGUAAACCUUCGUUUUUAGAGGUCUUCAUGUUCUCUAUUUAUAGUCUCAUGUUUAUGUAUAGAUUUUCAGCUAGGUGACUGAAAUUUAAGCCUUAGUACGGAAACCUGAGGAUUUAUAAUUGAAAAUGAAAAAUAUAUUAAUAUAUAUUACUGUCUAUUGUCAGAAUUUAGUCUUUUGGUGCUCUGUUUUGGGUUGGGCACAUUAAAUAAGGUUGUUUCUUUAAGCCCCAAGGGGAUUCUAGAUUAAUACCCUCUGGAGUUGUGGGUUCCCAAGUCUCCUCCCAACCUAUACCACUCUAGAAAUCACCCCAGCCCUGACGCUUUCCCCUUUAUCACAGGUUAAGCCACGAGAGCAGCAGAGGUAGGUAGGUUGCCAACCUCUUGCCCUGUGAUUUGCAGAGAAGUCGAGAUGCAGUCACCCAGGCUAAGAAAAAUUUGUCAAAUCCCAUUCGGACUCCUUCAUUUGCCAGGUAGGAUAAUGCCGGAUCGACCAAACCACUAUGGCCACUGCCCUUGGGUGAGUUUCUUCUUAAAGGGCCCUCUUUGGGUCACGUGCCUAGCUCCCUGGGGAGGGUGUGAGUAUAAGCACCCUCCCAACGCAUAAAAGUGAAGAAUUUUCUCAUACACUUUUCAUAUCUGGGGAGGUAGUCAAAGAAAUUUAGUCUUGCUCUAAGUCCAGCAUAGCUUUAAAAUUCGGCUCCACUCAUUGCUGCAUCAUGGAAACAUCCAGACCUGGUCACCCCCCUGGGAGACCAUACAGCAGUGACCCCCAGGCAAGGGGGUUUCCUCUGGAAAGCGAUUGUCCUUAGCUUGGUAGCCCUGAGUCUGGUGUCAAGUUAUGCACUUUUGCCAUGGCGUGAAGCCUGAUGGAUGCUUGGAGUCUUGGGGUCUAGAGAAUGUGAAGUUCAUAGUUGGCUUCUUUCUCUCCAUUGAUCCCAAGCUUGUUACACUUUCUUUCCCUGGACCUCUAGACUCACUCCAGCUCCUCCAUCCCUCUGUUUGCAGAAAGGGUCAAGACCAGAGUCUGGAUGGGAAUGAAGCAUCUACCCAUUCCUCUAAAAUUUGCCUCUCAUCUCCUGCUGCUAUGAGCUCCCUGUGGGCGACCUAGAGUCAGGCCUGACUUCUGUAGUAGGCAACAGCCUCUACCACUGUAUCUGGCAUAUUUUGAUGAAGUACCAUUUCUUGUGCCUAAACUGAAGAUCAUUAUAUUAUAAAAAUUCACUUCGGUUCUCUUGCAUUUUAAAAAAAUGAACCAUGGGACAUUAUCAAGGGAUUAUUUUAAAAUUAGGUCUCUUUAUCCAAAUAAAGUCAUAAUCAUCACAUCCUCUUUUUCAGUCUGCAUUUGCUCUGAACACAGCCUUGCAGAGAAGCAAAGUGUAUUUCCCAGCUCACAAUUUUCAGAUAUUUUAUGCCAAUACCUUCUUUAAAUGGAAAAUACAGUAAAGCAAAUCAUACUUGUAUCACCCAUUACUAGCUGAUCAUAAAUUGUUAGUAUUUUAGGGCAUGCAGCUAUGUGGUUUGUAUCUGCAAGGCUGGCUUAAUAGAUGUGCUGAAAGUCACUGUUUGGAACCUGCAUAAGCUCUGAUACCCUUAUUGGAUUCAUGGCAGUGCUGUCUUUGUUUAUAGUUUAUCAGUUUAAGAGCACGGCACCUCCUUUUUCUUAACAAAAAAAGCUCUGCUGAGAAUACACAAUUCUGUUAAGUGGUAUAAAAAUGUGUGAACGUUGAAAUCCAACCUGUUUCAUAUUAUAACCAGCCUGCAAGAAGAUUGUGCUCAAUUGUGUGAAUACCAAAUCAGAGUAUACUGUAUGUUGUACCUUGGAAAUUUGUAUUUAAAGGCAACAAUGUUAAUAAUAGUUGGUAUAACAGGGGAAAAGGGUAUUUGAUAUUUAUUAACAAGGAGAAAUGCAACAAACUUCCUUAUUUAUGCCUUAUGAAUAAAGGGGUGUGAAAUAUUAGAUGAAGUUUUAUGUGCAUGACUCUGAACUUUAGAGUCUAAAGGAGUGGGGAUCCUCGAAGGCAGGGACUGUCUUUUCUAUGUUUGUUCUGUAAAGCUCUCAGCGCACUCUUGGUGCUUGAUCAAUGUUAUAUAAUACCAAUAACUAAGCACAUUUUUAGAUCUUUUUUCAAAUGGCUUGUGUAAAAUUUGGUUAACGUAUAAUGGUUGGUUUGAAGCUAUCAUGUAAAAUCUGCCUCUCCAAAUAUAAUCGGGAAUAAACUGGAAAUGAUGAAGUA